AUGAACUAUGAUGUAACGGAUUUAAUAAUUGAUGUUGAAGACUUCGCCAGGAUUUUGUCUGUUAUGGUAUCCGUGCUCGAAAGUUGUCGGGAACAUCAGGAACGUACACAAUGUUUAGUAACCGGGUGUUACGAUGAACGAAGGUUCCUUCAUUGUAAUCUGGCUAAUCCUAGAGGUCUUUUCUCAGCCCCGAAAACCUUUAGCAUGGCAUGGUUCUACCCAAAAUUUUUACGUAUGGAACUCUCAUUCAACUGA